AUAAAUAUCCUUUUUUUAUUAGGAAUCUCAUUAGCCAGCGCAGAAUAAAACCGCCCCAAAGGAAAAGCAGAAGAAAGAAGAGAUCGACGAAAGAAACCCAUAGCCAUUGUUGAAGAUGGCGGCUAAAGAUGAGCGGAGAAUGUUCGUCGGAAUAGCGUGGAGUUGCGCCGCCGAGUUGAAACUCUUCCUCACCGCCCUCCUCUUCCUCUGCACCUUCGCCACCCUCCUCCAAUUCCUCCCUUCCCACUUUUUCCUCUCCCCCUCCGACCUCCGCCGCUGCCUCUCCUCCCCCACCGCCGGCGACGGCGGCGUUGUUCAACAUAAAGACAGCAACAACUCUGCCACCGGCGUUGUGACUCGGGCUUUCAACCCGUACGGCUCCGCCGCGUAUAGUUACAUCGUGAUGUCGGCCUACCGCGGCGGCCCGAGCACGUUCGCUGUCGUCGGCCUCUCGUCGAAGACGCUCCAGGUUUACGGGAACCCCACCUACGAGUGCAGGUGGGAGUCCCGCAACACUUCCACCGCCACGGUGUCGGCGGCAGGAUACAAGAUCCUCCCAGACUGGGGCUACGGCCGCGUAUACACCGUAGUGGUGGUGAACUGCACCUUCCCUGUCCUGGCCGGCGGGGACAGGGAAGGCGGCCGGCUCCUCCUCCGCUCUGGGACGGACACAUUCCCUGCGCUGGAGGAGGAGCCUGGGGCGCAGUGGGAGAUGAAAAAUGAGAAUUCAUCUGUCGCUGCGGAGCCGCAGUACGAUUACUUGUACUGCGGAUCGCCGUUGUACGGCGAUCUGAGCCCGCAGAGGGUUCGGGAGUGGCUGGCGUAUCACGUGCGGCUCUUCGGGGAGAAGUCGCAUUUUGUGAUGUACGACGCUGGCGGCGUCCACGACCGGCUGAGGGCGGUGCUGGCGCCGUGGAUCGAGAAGGGAUUCGUGACGCUGCACGACGUCCGGGAGCAGGAGAAGUUCGACGGCUACUAUCACAAUCAGUUCCUUAUCGUCAACGAUUGCCUCCAUCGCUAUCGAUUUUCGACGAAAUGGAUGUUCUUCUUCGACGUUGAUGAAUUCGUGUUCGUCCCAAAGAAAACGAACAUUGGUGCGGUCAUGGAUUCGCUCUCCGAGUACACUCAGAUCACGAUGGCGCAGAUGCCGAUGUCCGGCUCCCUCUGCCUAUCCGAGGACGCUCCGCAGCGUUUGCGGAAAUGGGGAUUUGAGAAGCUAGUGUACAAGGAUGUGAUGAGAGGUAAAAGGAGGGACCGGAAGUACGCGGUGCAGCCGCGGAACGUGUUCGCGACUGGGGUUCAUAUGACGCAGAACAUGAUUGGGAAGACGACGCACAAUACGUACGACCGCAUCGGCUACUUCCACUAUCACGGGACCAUUGCACAGCGACAGGAGCCGUGCGCCCGGUUUCUAAACGAGUCGCAAAUCACAGUAGAUGGGGUUCCUUAUGUUAUGGAUACGACGCUGCGUGAGGUGGCCGGAGCUGUCAAGAGAUUCGAACUCGAAACCAUCGGCCCUGUGUUGCAGGGAACACGCCAAUGACCAACUAAUGCAUUUUUGUUUACAUUUUUUCAUAUAAAGCAUAGAUAACAGCAAACACUCGUGUAAUUAAGUAAGACAACAAAGGGGUAUAGUUAUUAGUAA